GCCCCUUUCCUUGCGAGCCUUCCGCUUGCCGGGAUGAAGUUGUGCUUCGGUUUGAUUGGCUCCACGCUAGUUGGAAGGAGGUUCUGAGUUGGACGCGCGCAAAGAAAUCAACAAAGAGACGAAGGCUGGCAAUGAGCAAACUCCAGUUGGCAACACGCAGCAAGCUAGGAAUACAAAGGAACACUGGGAAACAACAGAAAUCGCUGAAAAAAUGUGAAGGACAUACCACACUAUGCAAAGGAGUUCCCAGCCAAAAGUCUCCAUUCCACACCUUCAGCAAUGCAGCUGAAAUCAAAGAGUUUCGGAAGAGGCUGCUCACCUGGUACAACAAAUGCAAACGAGAUCUUCCUUGGAGGAAAUUGGCUGCAAGUGAAGAGGAUGCUGACAGACGAGCAUAUGCUGUGUGGGUAUCAGAGAUAAUGCUCCAGCAGACCCAGGUGGCUUCAGUGAUCAACUACUACAAUUGCUGGAUGCAGAAAUGGCCAACCUUGCAGGACCUGGCUCAGGCUUCACUAGAGGAGGUGAAUGAGCUAUGGGCAGGGCUUGGCUACUAUUCCCGAGGGAAGCGACUCCAGGAAGGUGCACAUAAGUUGGUGUCACAGAUGGAAGGACAUAUGCCCAGGACAGCAGAAGAGCUGCAGAAGCAGUUGCCAGGAGUUGGAAAGUACACUGCAGGAGCUAUUGCAUCCAUAGCGUUUGGUCAGGUGACCGGUGUGGUGGAUGGGAACGUAAUUCGGGUCUUGUGCCGUACACGAGCCAUUGGUGCUGACCCUGCCAAUGCAUCUGUUGCUGACAGACUCUGGGCUUUAGCACACACUCUGGUGGACCCAUCCUAUCCUGGUGACUUUAACCAAGCGAUGAUGGAAUUGGGGGCAACUGUGUGCACUCCCAAGGCCCCACGGUGCAUGGAGUGUCCUGUGAAGCAGCACUGCAGAGCACACCACAAAGUGGAAAAAGAGCAGGCAGCCUCUGCCAAGAAACUGUUAGGAAAACCUGCUUCUAAGUGCCCCCAGGUGCUGGAUGUAGAAGAAUGUGCCGCUGCCGCCACAGGGAGCUGCUCCCUCUGCCUGCCUCCUUCAGAGCCAUGGGAUCCCAGCCUUGGUGUGACCAACUUCCCCAGGAAAACUGCCAAGAAGCAGCCCAGGAUCGAGUGCACAGCCACAUGUGUGCUACAGAGAAAGUGCAGUGAUGGGAAACCAGAGUACCUUAUUGUGCAGAGACCUAGCACAGGUUUGUUGGCAGGGCUUUGGGAGUUUCCAAGCCUCCUCCUUGAGUCAGGGCAGGAGAAGCGGCAGAAAGCAGCGCUGGCAGAUCACCUCCAGGCCUGGGUUGGUAGUAACGUGGCAACAAGGCGCCUGCAGCAUGUUGGAGAGGUUCUCCAUAUCUUCUCCCACAUCCGCCAAACAUACGUGAUCUACUCUUUGAAUCUGGAUCAAGAUGAAGGAAACUGGGAUGUGGAGCUGGAGCUGCCGGCAUCCCGGUGGGUGACCGAAACAGAAUUCCACAACUCUGCCAUCUCCACAGCCAUGAAGAAGGUCUUGAAAGCUUAUGAAAAGUGGAGCCCUACAAUCAGUACUGCCAAGAUUGUCAAGAGGAAACGGGACUCCCUACACACCAGCCAGACCCUGCAUGAAGAAGAUCGUUUUUCCAAGAGGCAACUUUCUCUGGAUUCAUUUCUUGCAACAAAUCCCAGGGACUGAUGGCAGUCUCUAUCCUCUGCCUGACCUCAUGUGAGUACACCUCAUUCCACUCCCAGCAACCUUGUCCAACACUUGGACGCCCCAUUGGUGCCUUCUCAAUGAGCAUCACCGAAAGGUCUCAAGAUUCUCGCCUGGGAUGACACUACCCAGGCAGUGAGGUGUGCCUGCCUGUUGUAAACAGUGCUAAGCUCCAUAAUCUUACUAGAGUUCAGGGCUGUGGGAUGAGUCCAGUUGUUUUGUCUGCAUUACCAUUCAGCUGAUGUGCCUUACCUUAUAGUUUCGGAAAUGAGGGACUGAUCUCCAGCAAGGAUGUGGUCAUACUGGAAUGAAACACUGUGGCUGCAAUGAGGGCAUCAUGGGGAUGUUGUGACUUUAACAUUGCCCCCCUCCACUCCAAUACAUAACACGGGCACAGUUCAAACAAGUGUGGCUGUAGUGGCUCCUAGGAGGUCAGAGUUUAUUGGUGUGCCACACUGCAGUAAAAUGGACUUUUAAAAAAAGUAUAUGAGGCAGGCUGACUGAAAGACUUAUUCUCCAGUGGAUGCUAAGCAAAAAGACUCAAUGUCUCUUCUGCAUCCUUCUUAAAUGUUGCUUUCUUAGAGCUAGUUUAUUCUCAAGGACAAGUAACUAUGCAAUUGCCAUUUGCUCACAUCCAUAGUCAAGAAAGUGUUUUGCUGCUGUACUAGAUGCCACAAUUGCUGGAGUUCACAGAUGAAACUGUUUUUCAGUACAUGCAGUGUCCUGUUUUAAUUGUGGGUUUGCUAAUAAAAUUUUAAUGAAUUUUUA